CUUGAGAAAUGGUCCUCUCUGAUUCAAUCCUGGUGCCGACACCACCGCCAAUAUCGUCUUUCUUUAAUAGACGCUGUGGAAACACCGCUCUUUCACAAUGCGGCCUUGCGUAAGCGCCUCGAUCUGCGCGAGGUACGCGCGGUGAUUGACUGGAUGACCAAAAGUGAAGAGGAAGGCGGUGGUGGGCGCCGGGCGGAGUGGAUCGCCGAUUCUGGCGGUGCUUCUUCCUCAGGAGGCUUGGUUAAUGGUUCUGGACAGGGGCCAAAGGCUGUGGCAUGGAUCUGGUGGAGAAGGCCGGAGGAGUGGGCGGAUGUACUGGUCGAGUGGGUUGAGGGGACUGGCCAGCGAGGUUCCGUUCUGACAGUUUAUGAACUUAUCCAUGGGGAGGGAGCGAUGUCACAAGAGUUCCAUGGCAUGGAUACUGAUGUCAUGCUCCGCUCGUUGAAUGUCUUGGUCAAGAGAGGCAAAGCCCAGAUAUUUGGUGGUGAGGGCCAGGAAGGUGUCAAGUUCUUCUGA